GUUGUCUGCAUUUUUCAAGUAAGCAGCUGUUUACGUGUGAAAGUCAGAAGUAAAGAGCUGAGGGCCUAAGUAGAGGAGGUGGGAGGUGACUGGAGUUAGUGCAAGCUGGAGGGAGUCCAGGGAGAGGAGCGCGGGUUUAAGCAGGAACAAGCCCCAGGCUAGACUUCUGAAGAGCGGCUGUGGCUGUGUGUGGAGUGGGGCCACUGGGGCUCCGCUAGGUCCACGGCUGGCUGAUGGGUGUAGAUGGUGCUCAGCAAAGGGCUGUGCGCUCAUGGCCUCGGAACCAGUGCAUCUGGAGAGCAGACGUUCUGGCCACACCACCGUCUCAGCGUUUCUCUUCCCGACCAGGCAUAUUUACUUGCGCAGACUGCCAGAUAUCCAUACCCCAAGUUCCCGAUCUCCUCCUAGCCUUCCCUCUGAGAAAGAGCAAAGGUCUACAAUCGCUAUAGAAAGAAGACGGCAGGGUGACUGCAUUUAUUCACUGGGAUGUGGCUUACCAGAAAAGGGAUUCUCUGUCAGGAAAGGCAAUCUCUCCUGAGGCUCCUGAGAAAGGAACCCUGAGCCAAGCAACAGCUCUUUCUAGGAGGAGCAGACAAUUGAAGUGCCUGCACACUGUGGCACAAAUGGACUCCCAGGACAGAUGGAACAAGGUGUCCCUUAAAAAAGCAGCAUGAUUCAUGACACCCAGAGGUUGAGCAUGAACACGGUGAGUGAAGAUGAGGAUGGUAGGGAGGGUGGCUCUCACAACAACACUGACUUGCAGUGUGAUACCCAGACCCGCAAAGAGGAAGAUAAAUGGUCUGGGUCCUCCAGCACUGGCUUUGUGGAUCACAAACCUGGGGAGAUGCCUGGGAGGACCACCAACCGGGGAAAAAAGGACUCGAAGAUCACCCAGACUCAGGACUUCCCUCAAUUAGAGGAGGGCCUCAGUGCCCCUUUCAGAGCCUUGUCACAGAGGCAGCCGCACAGGGACUCUGUGUGCAAUGAUGGAAGAAAGAAGACAGUCAAGGACACAGCCUUGGAAGUCCCAACCAGUUUCUUGCAUGGUGGGGUAUUUUUUUGGUCGCAGAACAGUGCAGAUGCAUCCUCCCCAGGCAAUAACUCGCUGGAGCACCUUCCCAGGUCCGAGAGCACCCCAAUUCAGUCUUCAGCCUCUCCCGUAGUAGCAUUGGCCAAAGCGCAGGGUACUAUUAAAGUUCAGGGCCAGGUAGGCCCAGGAGACAGAGGGCAGGAAGAGGAGAGUCCUAACAGGUGUGUGCAGGAUAGGCGGGCCUUCCAGAAGUCCAGCAAACUCCAGGUCCCGGAAGAACACCAUGGCGCUAAGCCCCAUGUGUGCCAGCUGUGCGGGAAGGCCUACUCUCACCGCAGCACGCUCCAGCAGCACCGGCGCCUGCACACAGGCGAGCGGCCAUACCGAUGCCCCUUCUGCGACAAGGCGUACACCUGGUCCUCCGAUCACCGCAAGCACAUCCGCACCCACACGGGCGAGAAACCCUAUGGGUGCCCGGACUGCGGGAGGGCCUUCGUGCGCUCCUCCGAUCUGCGCAAACACCAACGCAACAUGCACAGCAACGACAAGCCCUUCCCGUGUGCCCAGUGUGGCUUGACCUUCAACAGGCCUUUGUCGCUACUGCGCCACCAGCGCACGCACCUGGGCGCCAAGCCUUUCUGCUGCUCCUCUUGUGGCCGGGAGUUCUCCGUGGCCAGCCGCAUGGUGGAGCAUCAGCGCGUGCACUCCGGCGAGCGGCCCUUCCCCUGCUCCACCUGCGGCAAGUGCUUCACCAAAUCCUCCAACCUGCAGGAGCACCAGACGCUGCACACUGGUCAGAGGCCCUUCAAGUGCGCCGACUGCGGUGUGGCCUUCGCUCAGCCCUCGCGCCUGCUGCGCCACCAGCGUAUCCACACCGGCGAGAGGCCUUUUCAUUGUGCCGAAUGUGGUCAGGCCUUCGCCCGCUCCUCCACCCUAAAGCGGCACCAACAAAUCCACUCCGGGGACAAGGACUUCCUCUGUGCUGAGUGCAGCAGGACCUUCAGCAUGGCAUCCGAGUUGGCGCAGCACAUCCGGCUGCACAAUGCAGAGAGGCCCUACCAGUGUGAAGGCUGCGGCCAGGCCUUCACCCGCUCCAACCACCUCCAACGACACAAAGCCAAGCAUGACACCUGCAAGAAGGAGCCUGUCCCUUCCUCCUCCGAUGAGGGAGAGCACCAUUGGCUUGCUGCUAAGAGAAACUAAGACAACCUCGACUUCACAUGGCAGCAUGGAACCCAGUCCGGUGUGCCCUCCCACAUCCUAUUCUUCCCUCAAAGCCAGCUAGGCUCUCUGGUCACUUCCCUUACUGCGUGGUUUCUGGCCAUGGGGUGCUCCGUGUGCUUAAUGUAUUUGAUGUGUUGUGAGACAAAAUAAUCCCAAGGAUAGUGUCCAGGUGUGCAGUUUCACACCGGUCUCCCACUGCGAAGAGGCCAUGAGAAAUUGGAAAAGGGGAAGAUAACAAAGUAGGGGCUGGCCAGUAAUUCCUUAGGUCAGGGAUUUCAGAGAAUGAAAAGUUGGAGAAUUCUGUGCUGGGCUCUGUGUAGGAUCUAUGGCUACCCUGAUGCAAACAGUCUAUUUUUUUCUUCUCAAAGCCAUAUCAAAUAUUGAGAAGACCAUCUUUAGAGAGUCUUUUUAAUUUUUAUGUAAAGGAAUCCUCAGAAAUGAUCCCUGUGAGGGACUCUUCCAAAGAACAAAGCCCACCUGGGGGUAACUCAAACCAAGCCAGACAUCACUUGACUGCUAAAAUGACUUUAACUUUGAGGGAAUGUCUCCGUGGAUUAGCUUUGAAGUACAGAAGGAAAGGAUGAAGGUUUGAGCUGUGUUUGGGAAGCAGUGACUCCAGAAGUUCAGAAUAGUUUCAGCAUCCAGAAAAGAGGCCCUCACCUGAGCCUCACCUGGGUCCCACCAGUAAAGUUCACAGGGGUCUCUCUCUGCCAUUGCUUUUUCCCUGCCCAGGAUUUGAACUUAAGUCGCAUGUGUCACUUGUAGAGAAAUUCCUCUGAAUAAGCCACAGUAUGGUUCAUUUAAAUCUGCUUGGCUCAUCAGCUGUGAUUUGAAGGAAAUGUGAGGAAGCACAAGCUGCCCAGGUGCCAACGGGCUUAUUUGUGUUUGUGUCAAAGUCAUUAAAAUCAGCUGUGAACA